AUGGCUGCCAAGGUCGACGCUCCCGCUCAGGAGAAGAAGCUCAGUGGCUUCCCCCUCUACGCCAGAUUCGCCUUCGCUGGUGCUGUCUGCUGCUCCGUCACCCACGGAGCCCUUACUCCUGUCGAUGUCGUCAAGACCCGUAUCCAGCUUGACCCGGCUACCUACAACCGUGGCCUGUUCGGCGGUUUCCGCCAGGUGAUUCAGAAUGAGGGUCCUGCCGCUCUGCUGACCGGUUUUGGUCCUACCGCUGCCGGUUACUUCCUCCAGGGCGCCUUCAAGUUUGGUGGUUACGAGUUCUUCAAGCAGCAGUUCAUCAACCAGCUUGGCUACGAGACCGCCUCCAACAACCGCACUGCCGUCUACCUGGCCUCGUCCGCUCUGGCCGAGUUCUUCGCCGACAUUGCUCUCUGCCCUCUGGAGGCUACCCGUAUCCGUCUCGUGUCUGAGCCCACUUUCGCCAACGGUCUUCUGGGCGGUUUCACCAAGAUCCUGAAGAACGAGGGUGUUGGCGCCUUCUACUCUGGUUUCGGUCCUAUCCUGUUCAAGCAGGUUCCGUACACCAUGGCCAAGUUCGUCGUCUACGAGAAGGCUGUCGAGGCUGUCUACCGUGUCGUUGACAAGAACUCCGUCUCCGAUGGUGCCAAGACCGGUAUCAACCUGGGAUCUGGUCUCGUUGCUGGUUUCGCUGCUGCCAUUGUUUCUCAGCCCGCCGACACCAUGCUGAGCGUGAUCAACAAGACCAAGGGUCAGCCUGGUGAGAGCACUGUCUCUCGUCUGAUCAAGAUCGGCAAGGAUCUUGGUUUCCGUGGCAGCUAUGCUGGUAUUGGUGCUCGUCUCUUCAUGGUUGGUACUCUGACUGCUGGUCAAUUCGCCAUCUACGGAGACAUCAAGCGCAUCCUGGGCGCCACUGGCGGUGUCGAGAUCGCCAAAUAA